GCUCACUCCCAUUGGCCCAACCGGCUGUCGAUCAUUGCCCAUCUUAAACUGUGGUACAGUCGUCAGACUAAUCUGGGUUUGCGGGUUUAUCCGAUUGCUUUCUCAUUGCCGAGGAUCUGGUCGGUCCAUCCCGACUGAUCUUUGCUACUGUCUUGAAGUCGCCGACGCAUCGGACUUUUACAGAUAACGGGGACUAAGCCAGAUACCAGUCUAUUACAGUUUGCUGGAAUUUGACUCCUCGACGCCCAGCAAAUUAUCCACAGCCUCGCCCACCGUCUAUCAAGUGAUCAAUGAAAUUAUCAGUGGGACUGAGUACUUGGCUCUGAGCAGGUAACGAAAUACCGGCACCGGGCUCCGGGACUCCAGCGUUUGGGAAAUCACUGACUUUGACCGAAGAGGCAGAGAUGGGGACAGUGCUUUCCAUAUCGCCAUCAUCGAGGAAGGGGGGCGUUGUUGAUGUUAAGACCGAGGGAGGACACUCUAGUAAUGGAAAGACUGAAAAAAGCAUCAAGCGACAACCUGUAUUGAUACCGGCCCUAACAUGGAAGCGGCUUGUUGCUGCAUCGGCGAAGAAGAAGAGCACGAAGAAAGUGAAUCCGACACCCAGCGACCCUGUGGAACAUUUAAACAACGAAAACCUUAAAAAGUCACAGCAGUCGUUCCCGGACCGGAAAGAGUCGCAUCGGGAUCUGAAGCUGGGCCCGCUUGCGGUACCGGUGCCGACAGUUCCCAACCACAGCGACCCACCCACUCAAACCCAGGGCGGUAAACAGCUUGACUCGGUUAUAAAACAACCUAACCAGCAGUCGAUCAUCACUCCAAGACGCGUGAUUGUCCAGGCAUCAACUGGUGAGCUCUUACGGUGUCUUAGUCAGUUCAUAUGUCGGAGAUGCUUCAAACUGAAGGAGCUCAGUCCCAACGAGAUUAUAUUGUGGUUCAGGAACGUGGACCGGUCCCUUCUCAUACAGGGCUGGCAAGAUCAGGGCUUCAUCACUCCAGCUAACCUGGUGUUCGUGUACUUGCUAUGUAGGGAAGCGGUAACAGAUGACAUCGAUAACGAGUAUGAACUUCAAGCCACCUUCCUGACCUGCCUCUACCUAGCUUACUCUUACAUGGGCAAUGAAAUAUCUUACCCACUAAAACCCUUCCUUGUGGAAACCAACAAGGACUCAUUCUGGGAACGAUCCCUGGAGGUUAUUGACAAAAUGAGCUCGAAAAUGUUGCAAAUCAAUUCUGAUCCACAUUUCUUCACCGAAGUAUUUCAGGACCUCAAAAACGAAGGAGAAUCAGUGGGCAAAGUCAUUAAUAAUCCGGAGCGUUGAAAAGAACUGAGGGGGAAAAAACCGCAUUUAGAAAUUUAACCGGGAUGUAUUUCAUUCUGUGACUAUAUGUAAAGGUAGUUUAAGUUUGAAGCUGAGGGAAGGACGUGGUGGGGAAAAAUCAUGCAUAUGAGUCAUUGGAUCAAUACAAAUUUGUAGCGUUCAUUUUCCCUAUAUUUUAACCUUGUAAAUACCUCGUGUUACUGUGAAUCACAGUACAUUGGGAAUAUGGUGAGGGACAGUUGAAUACAUGCAUGUCUAAUUAUUAUUGUACUUUAAUUGCAGCUUGCUGGUGGAGAAAAUGAGUGUUGGCAAGCAAGCAAAUGUUUAAGUGUUUUAUUUUAAUAUUAAUUUUAUUGUGUGAGAAGCAAGAGGUUUAGAAAAAGCUGUAUUAUGUUGUGCGCUGUGGAGCCCUACAGGCUUCUGGCCUUCAAUGGACACGUUGCACGUGUAUUAUUUCUAACCUCAUAUCUGAAUUUCACAUUGAAUGUGAUUUUUUUCCUUCAGUGGCAAAACAAAUGUUACUAUAUCAUCAUAUGUGCCAAUUGUUAUAGUAUAAAACGUGUCGUUUUAUAUUGUACAUUUAAACCAAUAUACAUGUAUAAAAUAGACCAGUACUAAUGCUGUCUCGUCAUCCGCGAUAGCAUUUGGAAUUAUCUUUACCAGCUAUUUAAUUUUGGAAAGGACAAGAAAGAAAACCUGUCGUUGAAUGUAAAUGAUACAGUAGUUUUAUUAUAAGUAUGCGGUAGUUACCAGUAAGUUAUAACUACCGCUAUGAUGUUUUAGUUGGAUUAUUCUAAAAUACAGGUUGCAUUUGUCGAUCUGUGCCAGUAUAUUUUUACGCAACAGCGCAGUGAGAUUAAUUCUAAUAGGUAGCCGAAAAGUACGGUAGACUUCAGAGUAAGGAUAAUAUUUAUUCAAGAACUUAUUUGAUUCAUCUUUUUUUUAGCGUUGUGUGUUUAUGGGGUGCAGUAAAAUCUUUAAAAUACGUAAUGUAUGAUCAAAGAAAAUGAAGUGUUCAUGUUAUCUUGUAACUUACAUAUACAAAUACAUAUACAAACUUGUAUUACUUGAUUAGCAAAAGCUUGAAACAAAUGAAGUUUAUGGACCUAAGCCCUGACCUAUUUUUUAUACUUGCGCUAAGCAGUAAUAUGCUGAAUAGGCUUCUGAAUCAUCUUUUACAAAGUUUCCAACUUGUUAGUUUUACUCCACUUUAUAACGACUUAGAGUAAAAGGCAAGUAUUUUCACCUUGUACAAGUCUUCUACCUGUCAGCCAUUUUUGACGAUUUUAUGAAAACAUGUUACGUGCAGUAACAACGCUCAUAUAACAUUCAGAUCUAAGUAACACAGAUCCAUUUCUCACCGAUGCUUCUCUGUAAAACAAUGCCCACUUUCAUAUGCAGUCGCUGACCCAGGUGCUGAAAUAGACCUUUGGUUCGGCUUUGCUGUAUUUUACAAAGAAUGCACCACGAACAUUGUGUUUCGAUCCAGUGACUGUAGUUUCAUACCAUACCAUAUGCAACUUCCAUGCAGACGUUAUAACUACAGUUAUGGUUAAAAAGACUGUUUAUCAAUAUGUGAAACUGGAUUGCAUUUUGUGUUGAAACCGUAAAAUAUCUGGUUUCGCUGUGUUUGUUAGCUAUAUUUUACCUGCUUUUCUUUAUAAAAGUCAUUCGACAUCGUGCAGACUUCUCGUCCACCAGAAUGUUCUAAUAAUAUGAGAAGUGCUCCGAAAUUUGUGAAUCGGUGGAUGUAUCACGUGGUCUGAGUGUUCUUAUAUUUGAUUGGCUAAAAUUUGGUGCAGUCUGCUAGAACUGUGAUUGUGACGAGGAGCUGCGGAGCCCAGCUGCCAGGUCAGAAGCGUUGCUGAGGGGACGUUCUCUCAGUCUCCAUAGUAACCACUACAUUUUUAAAAGUUGUUCAUCCACAGUAAAUGUGGGCUAGACCCUUAAUGCAAUACUGUAGAUGUUGUACUGUAAAACCUGACAACAACAGACUGUACUCCAUUGGAGGACAUGUCCAACAUUUCAUAGAAUGAAUUAACAUUUUUUGUUGUCUAACACCAGUCAGAGGAAGAGCAGUAAGUAAGCAAUCGCUAUCUCUGCAAGAUUUAAUGUAGAGGUAAUUUUUUAACCCUUAAAAGAUCAAAAUAUGCAUCACACCUGUAUUUAUGCACUUUAAUAGUUUGACGAUGUAUGGACAAAUCUUUGGCAUCAAUACCCUAAUGGUGAUACUGAUCAGCAAUGCUGAUGUCACAGAAAUAUGAUUCUUCACAGAUGUAUUGACUAUAUCACAGAAAACACCGAAACACAGAUUUUUCAAAGUUUGAUGUUGACAGAAAAUUUUUGGGGAAAGAAUUGUGAAUCAUACAACAAAAUAAAAUUUACCAAACACUGAUUUGUAAGAUCCCUCUUUUUUAUAUAGUUCACUGCAUUCUAACACAUCUUUGGUUAUGAUAUGGGAAAAAAAGCAUAUAGUAAUUUUAUUAAAAAACAAGAUUCCAAUAUUCUUUCCUUUUAUCAUUGGCAGGCCUUUGCUUUUUUUAUGCUGUUUAUAUGAAAGACUAUUUUGAUAUGUAUCAGAGGAUAUUUCUUCCUAUAUCCUGAUUAAUGGAUAUUGUGUGUAAGAUCACUGUAUCCAUCAAUGAUUAAAUUAUCAAAAACCAGGUCUAUCCGUCGGGUGUGCUAUUGUUACUGUAUUAUAAUUUUAUUUUUAUGUAGUUCGGUAUAUUUCUUGUAUUACUUUUCUGCCAACAAGAUUUAUUUUCCUGUUUAUUUUAUUGUAAUGAAACCAUCUGGAUUAAUGUUCUGUUGCUUUCUGUUCUGUUGGUGCUACCUGCACAAGCAAUUGCUGAAUAACAAUCCCUUCCAGUUAAAUGAUCGUCUGAAGCAAACAUUUGUGAAGGUAUCUCAUGUCAGAGUAAAGGUGGCAGUAAGUUUAUAAAAAAAAAAAAAACAGGCGUAGAAAGUCUUCAUCUUAAAGGGAACAGUCUCUUUUGAGUUUAUCUUUUUUACUGGUUUAAUCCCUGGAAGAACAAUUAAGUCCUGGUAUUCAAGGAAGGACUUCCUUACAUAGGUUCCUGUGGGAAAAAAAAAUGAGACCAGAGGAAUCAUUGCUUGGUGUCACACAAACAAUUUGAGAUGAGUCGCGUGGUGUCACACGAGAUUUGACUGUCAUAAAAAACCUCUCACGAGGUGUCCUGUGUUGUCACAUUCUGGGCGUGAUUCAGCUUGUGCCUGUCCUAAAACUGUCACACGUGCCUCUGGUGUCUUACUGAUGCACCAUAUAACAGAGGCCACAUUGCAAACUCCCACACCAUGUAGGUCUAUGUUCUUAUGAACUAGUAUGUGUCGUACAUCUAAACUUCCAUUCUCUCUUCUAUGUACCAUACAUCUAUAACGUCUUUCCCUCACCGAUGUACUGUUCAUCUAAAUUGUCAUUCCCUCACCUAUGUACUAUGCAUCUAUACUGGCAUUCUCUCAUCCAUAUAUCAUACAUCUACACUCUCAUUCCUUCAUCUAUGUACUGUACAUCUAUACCGCCAUUCUCUCAUCUGUGUAUCGUACAUCUAUACUGUCGUUCCUUCAUCUAUGUACCAUUAAUCUAUACGGUCAUUUCCUUGACUAUGUACCAUAGAUCUAUAUGGUCAUUGCAUCACCUGCAUUUAUGAAAAAGCUUUACGUAGCGUUUCCCAGUGUUUGCCAAUUCUAAAUUUCAUAAUGUGUUUAUAUAAAUAUAACAAUGCAGUCAUUCUUAUUAAAAUGAGAAUUGUAAUCCAGUAUUGCUGCAGUACACUUAUAAUAGCCUGUUAGUAUUCCAGAUGACACUUAAUGCUAGUCCAGAGAACUUAACAAUAGCCUGUACUGUAGCUACACAUGUUUACAACCUUUGUAGCCUCAAACUGGACUAUUAUUUGAUUUAAAAAUAAAAUACACCAUGUUGUAAAACCUCAGAAACUGACUGUAAUUAUAUUGGCAAUAUAUUGUGAUUAUAUUGCUGUUCUGCGGCCCUGACAUGUAGACCGUUGUCCUGCAUCUCCUGGGUCUCGCCUACUAAAUACCGCCUUCGCUCAGUAUGUGUGGAGGAUAAGUGGUUAAAAGAUGAA